AUGAGGGUUUUCCUGGGGCUGGGCCACCUGAGCAGGGGCCCUUGUGACAUGGGCCUGGGGCGGGCGUCUCACGGGGUCCCACGAUCCCCAGGGCCCCACUGCCCCUCCUCCACGGGGUACUGUGCCCCCCCAGAGUGGGCGCAAUACGGGGACGGGCUGGAGAUGGACUCCCCGCCCGGCGCUGGGAGAAGUCUGGUCCCUGUCACCUUCCUCUUGGGCUGCUCCUUGCUCCUGUGCUCAGGGGCACGGCUCCCCCCAUCGUAUCCCCCCAACAGGCUGUGGAUGCAGGAUGCCCCACAGGACCCCACCGACCCCGCCGGCCACCCCCCAGCUUGGGACCUGCAGCUGCCAUCCAUCAGCCUCCAGGACUGGAGCCUCUGGAUGCUGUCCAGAAAGGGGCGAAGCAGGAAGUCCCACCUCUGGAGCGGGCCAAGCCACGAAGUCCCGCCUGCAGAGCUGGCCCCAGGCUGGGGCGGGAAGAGGAGCAUCGUGGUGGCGGACGAUGCGGCUUUCCGGGAGCGGAGCAAGAUGCUGACGGCCAUGGAGCGCCAGAAAUGGCUCAACUCCUACAUGCAGAAACUGCUGGUGGUGAACCCCGACUGA